GAAACUUGAUGUCGUUCUGUGCUGGCAACAUUAAUAGCGUGCGUUAUUUUCAGACGAGGUAAUGAUUAGACUGCAAAUGCUCAGUUAACCUUUGCAAUUUCACGCAAUUUCCCAGCUUUAUUUGGAAGCGAGGGGGGAGUUAAUGUGUAAUUAAAUAGAGAGCCGGAGUCCUGCCACUGAAGAUGCCUCGUGGAAUACUUAAACCUGCCAUCGGGGGAGCCGGGCAGAGAGAGUGAUAGAGAGAGAGAGAGAGAGAGAGAGAGAGAGAGAGAGAGAGAGAGAGAGAGAGAGAGAGGGGAAAAAACUGUAGACGUAAAUAACUGUACCUGCUCAAACCAAGGCCUCGCCACAUUGAAAUUCAGCAUGGAGCCGCAGCCAACUUCGACGCUCCACUUCGACAUCACUGUAGAUGAGAACGAUUUCAAAGCCGGCGUCACUGAGCUGAUGUGUAAACUACGACCUCACUGGAACCCCGCAGAGAUUAAACUGAAGCUCUUCACUGAUGGAAUCACCAACAAGCUGCUUGGCUGCCACACGGACGACUCGAUGGAGGACACGCUUCUCAUCCGCAUCUACGGCAACAUGACGGAGCUCUUUGUGAAUCGCGCCAACGAACUGAAGAACCUGCAGAUCCUGCACACCAACCACUGCGGCCCUAAGCUGUACUGCACUUUUAAGAAUGGCAUCUGUUAUGAGUUUGUCAAGGGGACCGUCCUGGACAAGUGGCUGGUGAGGGAGCCCCGUGUGUUCAGGUUGGUCGCUCAGGCGUUGGCGAGGAUUCAUUCCAUUCAGCUUGAAAACGGCUCGUCGGUGCAGCCGGUCCUGUGGAAGAAGCUGUCAACGUACCUGAGCUUAAUCAGCGCCAGUGGGGACGACUCGCCGUCUUGUGUGCGGUUUUCGUCGGAAGUCCCCAGCCUGGAGGUCCUGGCCAGCGAGAUCGAAGCCCUCAAGCAGCACCUGUCCCAGAUCAAAUCUCCGGCCGUGCUGUGCCACAACGACUUGCUGUGUAAAAACAUCAUCUACAACGAGGCGCAAGGCUACGUCCGUUUUAUCGACUACGAGUAUGCUGACUGGAACUACCAAGCGUACGACAUCGGGAAUCACUUCAACGAGUUUGCAGGUGUGACUGAUGUCGAUUACCGCCUGUACCCGAGCCAGCAGCUGCAGACCGACUGGCUCGGCGCCUACCUGGAGACCUACAAGGAGCGGCGUGGCAUGGCUGGCGCGGUCACUGAGGCCGAGGUGCACAGGCUCUACGUGCAGGUCAACAAAUUUGCCCUGGCCGGCCAUUUCAGUUGGGGUCUUUGGGCUCUCCUCCAGUCGAGGUACUCCAAGAUCAACUUUGAUUUUGUCAGGUACGCGGCCGCCCGCUUCAACUUCUACUUCCGAAUGAAGGCUGACGUCCUCGACAUGAAGCUGCCGUAAAUUCCCACCAGACGGGUGCCCUGAUGCCACGGAGGAUGCCAGCCUGCCAUCACUUUGUGUGACUGACUGAUAAAGACAAGCAAAGAGAGGACAGGGGGCACUUCUCCAGUCCGCCACAUGAGGACGCUAUUCAGCGAGCCUCAUUUCCCAGUUCACCACGUGAAGAAAAUACAGAAGGUCGUGAAGCGGCGGACGGCGUCUUCGUUUCACUCGAUCGAAAUCUCGCCGCCGCGUUUACCAAAAAUGCUUUUCUUUGAUCCCAGAAAAAAAAAAGGCAAAGUACAAUAGGA